AUGUCACAGUUCUUCGAAUCCGCUACUCCCGUUGCCAUCCCCACAGUCAACGCCAACAAUGGCGCCAACGAUGCCGGCAGCCCCGCCACCGGCGCUGCUCCCGCAGCUGGGGCUGGCGCCCAGCCCACCAUCAACCACAGGCUCUUACUGUCGUUGAAAGAGGCCGCUAAGAUCAUCGGUACCAAGGGCUCGACCAUCUCGCGUAUAAGAGCUGCCAAUUCCGUCAAGAUCGGCAUCUCCGAAAAGGUGCCCGGGUGCUCCGACAGGAUUCUGUCUUGCGCUGGCAACAUAAUUAACGUGGCCAACGCCGUCGGCGACAUCGUCGACGUGCUCAACAAGAAGGACGCUGAGAAAGAGGACACCGCCGCGGCCGCCGAGGACGAGGGUGAAGAACACUACUAUUUCCACUUCUUGAACCAUAUCUUGCCCGCACCCUCUAAGGACGAGAUCAGAGACCUGCAGCAGCUGGAAAACAUUGGAUACGUCAGACUCAUCGUGGCCAACUCCCAUAUCUCCUCCAUUAUCGGCAAGGCCGGCGCCACUAUCAAGUUCCUGAUCAACAAGCACGGCGUCAAGAUCGUUGCUUCCAAGGACUUCUUACCCGAUAGCGACGAGAGGAUCAUCGAGAUUCAGGGCUUCCCCGGAUCCAUCACCAACGUGCUCAUCGAGAUCAGUGAGAUUAUCUUGAACGAUGUUGAUGUCAGGUUCAACACCGAGAGGUCCUAUUUCCCUCACUUGAAAAAAUCGCCCGGCGAGCCCUCGUCUCCUCCAGCCUCCUCCAGCACCAAAAUCGAAUUGAAGAUUCCAGAACUGUACGUGGGUGCCAUCAUUGGCCGUGGCAUGAACAGAAUCAAAAACUUGAAGACCUUCACAAAGACCAAUAUCGUUGUAGAAAGGAAAGACGACGACGACAAGGACGAAAACUUUAGAAAAUUCAUAAUCACGAGUAAAUUCCCCAAGAACGUCAAGCUGGCUGAGUCGAUGCUUUUGAAAAACCUAAAUACCGAGAUAGAGAAGCGUGAAAACUACAAGAGAAAACUGGAAAGCUCGGAGGGUCACGCCGCCCCCGCUGCAACUGAACAUUCUGACUUCAUGUCCUCCUCCGAAGAAGAAGAAGAGGAAGAAAAAGAGGAAGAAGAAGGACAGGACAAUGAAGAUGAACAGUAG